AAGACAAUUUUCACACGUUAAUCCCCAAACAAGAGAUUUUGAAUUUGAAAUACUCCCGCUCCCGUCUCCAUAUAUUUGCGAACCCUUUUUCUUUGUGAGAGACCCGUUAUCAGAGAAUCCAGAAGGCGAAGAAGAAGAAACGACAGAGCAAGAAGGAAAUGGCGACCAACAUUGGGAUCAUGGAUGCGGCUUACUUCGUCGGCAGAUCUGAGAUUCUUUCUUGGAUCAACUCAACUCUGCAACUCAAUCUCUCCAAAGUCGAAGAGGCAUGUUCCGGCGCGGUUCACUGCCAGCUUCUCGAUGCCGCUCAUCCAGGGAUCGUGCCUAUGCACAAGGUCAAUUUCGACGCCAAGAGCGAGUAUGAGAUGAUUCAGAACUACAAGGUCCUUCAAGAUGUCUUCAAUAAACUCAAAAUCACCAAGCACAUCGAGGUCAGCAAGCUGGUGAAAGGAAGGCCACUGGAUAACCUUGAGUUCAUGCAAUGGAUGAAACGAUACUGCGAUUCUGUCAAUUCCGGCCUUCAGCACAAUUAUAAUCCUCUGGAGAGGAGAGAGGUUAGCAAAGGUGGAAGAGAAACGAGCAAGAAAUCUGCAAACUCGCAAGCCUCAACGAAGGGUUCUACUGCACAGAGACCUCAGUCUUCUCAUAAUUCUCGAAGAAAUGAGGUUUCUAAUGCUAACCCUACAAAUCAAGCUGCAAAGGUUGCGAGAGCAGCACCUUCUGCCGGAAACCCUGCCUAUGAAGAAAAGGUAUUUUUGUUUUCCCGUCGAAAGAAUUAUCAAAUGAAUAAUGGAAGUAUAUUGCUCUUACAGUUGAAGUUGAUGCAGAUAACAGAGUUGAAGUUGUCGAUUGAUAGCCUUGAGAAGGAACGGGAUUUCUACUUUGCAAAGCUGAGAGAUAUUGAGAUACUGUGCCAGACUCCUGAGAUAGAACACUCACCGAUUGUUGCUGCGAUACAGAAGAUAUUAUAUGCUACAGAUGACAAUGGAACGGCUGUGGCUGAAGCUCAAGCUAUGAUUUCUGUUGGUCGUAAGGAAAUAGAGGGAUUGAGCCCCAUUGCUGAGGUUUCGGAGGAGAAGAGCAGUUCAGAAACUCACAAGAGAAAGAAUAUUGCCAAUAUUGAUUUUGAUGUUGCUGGGCUUGCAACGUUGUCUCCCAGACAGAGGCUUUCUGAUGUUUCAGAUGUUCAUUGUAGCGAGUCACCUCUUAUGACUUGUUAGGGAUCACGUUCUGUUGUUAAUUCAAUUAGCAACUUGUUAAAACUGUUUUUGGUCACAGUAAUUCCUGUUUCAUGUGUGAAUUGACCGCGAUAUUCAUAAUGAUUAGGGGUUUUUAGGGAGACUAUUCUGUUAUAAAGUAUCAGUAUCAGCCCAGAAAAAUGUAACCAGAUAUGUUUUGCCUUUAUAGAAUUUGCUGCUAGUGCUUUGAUUUAUUUCA